AUGAGAUGCAAUCGGGCUUCUUCUUGGAGGGACCUGGAUGACUUGGAGGAGCAUAAGGAUGCCAGUCUGCCUACUUCUAGUACUGCACUGGCAGUGCUUUUUGCUGGCUGGGCCGUUCGUACAAGAGGGGAAACUCACAAGUUUAUGGUGCAGACCAUAAAGGACAUUAAUGCCCAGGUUCUGGAAGAUCCUUCUUUGACACAGAAUGUUGGUGGUCAGUCUGCCCAGGCUGGAGAAGUGUUUGUUACUUCUGUCAUAACUGCUGGGGACCUGAAGCUUCCUUCUGGAGAGGAGGAAGAAGAAGAAGAUCAAGCAGAACAGACUCCCGUUGAGGCCACUCCUUCUUUCUGUUCUAUUCUGGCUUAUGUUCUAAUGGCCUAUUUUCUUCUUAUUUCAGCUGAAGGUCCUUCUCCUCCUCCUUCUAAGUCAAAAAGGUUUAGAAAGAGGACGGUGGUGGAAUAUGUGGCCACAGAAGGAACUACAGCAGCUCCCAACGCCACUUCAGACACGGAUGAAGAGCUGAGAGAGGCUUUUGAGGCUGUGGAGCAAGAGAAGGAGCUGGAAGAGCUAGAAGAAGUAGGAGAGGGGCCUCAGGAGAAGGCCAAGACAAUGGAAGAAGAGGAGGAAAUUCCUGCCGAGGUGAUAGCAGAGAGUAUUGCGCUGGCUCAGAAACAACAAGAAGAUACAAGGGCAGGGCUGACUAGCUCAGAGCUGGCCUGUUUGAGGAUCCAAAGGCAGAACACUCUACUGCUGUUCCAGCGGCUGAGGAACAGGCAGGAUAAUCUGUAUCAGAACCUGUGGACCAGGCUGUGGUGGUUCCAGAAGCUGGAGCAGAAGUGGAUGCCUCUGCUCCUGAAGUUAUUAAGUGCCCAGAUUUGUUGGUGCCCUAUGCCUAUUCAUUCCCUUCCAAGUUCAUCUGCCACGGCCUCCUUUGCUGAUCCAGAACUGGCAGAGUUUGAAGCCAUGGACUUAGAUGCCCAACUAGACAAAUUGGAGAUGCUUAGCUCUCCUGUAGGUAAGGCAAAAUCCAAGGCAGUGAUGAAGGCUAUGGAGAGGCUGAAGAUCUGGCAGUCUAAUGAACUGGAGUUGGAUGAGGAUAGGGAAGCCAUUGACCAGCUGAUGAAGGAUCUGGACCUGUUACACAGACAGAAUAUGGCCCCUAAACCCAUACUUGAGAUGAGUCUUCGCCUGGCAAGAGAUGUGCCUAACCUUCAUGAUCGUUAUGAGGAUCUCAAGCCCUCCUUCAGGACUUCUGAAUUUUACAAGGCUACUCAUGAAGCCAACUUGGCUGAUUUUGCAAAGCAGAAGGCAGAACUGGACCAGAUGGUGGCAGGAGACAAGGAGGCUAAGUCCACUGUAGACAAGCUGGAAAAACAGAUUGAGGAGCUGCAGAAAGCAUGGUUGCAGCUUCCAGGCCAGCCCUGGAGAUUGCAGAGGCUUCAAUUCAUCAGGGGUGCUGCUUCAAAAGGAACUCUCCAUUAA